CCGUCGGUUACGCGGUGGCCGUUGCUAUUCUUUAAAACAAAUGUAAACUGAAGGCGCCUGGAAAUUUGAAUUGAAAUGUGUUCUAGUGCCAGUCCGCAUUAUUCAUAGAGUUUCUGUACCCUGACGCCGCUGAAAGUGGUUUAGAGCUGUGUUUGCGGGUUGUCUGUUUGUCUUUGUCUAUAAGAAAAUACGAACUUGAGUCGUCGCGUCGAUGAUACCGAAACGCAAAACGAAAGAAAACGAGAAUGCAGUCGAAAAAUUAGAAGUAAGCGAAAAUAAGUCAGAAAAUAACAGUUAAAGAGACAUCUAACUGUUGUCUGGCCGACGAAAAAAGGUGUGCGAAAAGUGCGCGAGAAAAAUCACCGAAACCGAAUUGCAAGGAGGAGGGAAAAGUGUGUAUGGUUCGGAUUUCGAGUUGAAAAGCGAAUAAUUUAUGCAAUUUUCAAAGGCAAACAGAAAUGAAGCGUCUGUCUGCCAUGCCAGUGAAUGUGUGUGUGCGUGUCCCGUGUCUGUGAGUGUAUAACAAAAGUAACAACAACUACAGGAGAGGCAAGGGACAGGAUCAACGGUGCCGCGUCGCUCGGGGUAGUUUGUUUGAACAACACAGACCAUCCAAACCAGGAGGCGGAGGGAGAGUGUGAGGAAAAGCAGGAGCAGGAGUUGAGGGCUGGCUGGGAGAGCGUGGAGCACUCACACGGGCACACACUCCUUUGUGCGCUUUUGCCGCCUGGAAUGCAAUGCUACAACAACAACCACAGGAUGGUCUGAAGGGGAGGAAACGCUUAAUUGUUUGCAGCAGCAGUGGCAGCAUCCCGAAAUCGCAAAUAAACGACUGCAUUUACGGCUCCGUGGGAUACUUUUUUGUGUGCUGAAAGCAGAUGCACGCCGACUGCUUGGAGAGAGGAGAAUGCAUAAUCCCCCACUCAUCACUUGGCUUUUCCAAUGAAAAUGAAACAAAAGUAAUCAAAUAAAUAACAUACAUCUAGAAGGAAACCAGUCAUUCCGAGCGAAUACUUGAACGAAUAACGAAAUCCGAAAUUCGAAAUUCGAUCGACCCUAACCAUAUCGAGAGCAAGUCACAUAAAACUAAGGAAAAAUGGAUCUAAGUCUGGAACGCGAUAGCUCUGCUCUGGGGAGUCUGUUCCAACAGAUUAUCAAUGACAUGAAGAACACCUCUCCACUGUGGGAUGACUUCGUGGCAAAGGCCAGCAAAUUGCACACAUGCUUGAGGGCUGCCAUACAGGCAAUCGCCGCCUGUUUGGAUGCCUUCCAGAAGAUAGCCGAUGCGGCCACCAAUUCCAGAGGCGCCUCCAAGGAAAUGGCCACCGCCCUGACCCGGGUCUGCCUGCGCCACAAGGCAGUGGAGACCCGCUUGAAGACCUUCACCAGCGCCAUUAUGGACUGUCUGGUGCAGCCGCUGCAGGACAAGAUCGAGGACUGGAAACGCACCGUGGCCACCAUCGACAAGGACCAUGCCAAAGAAUACAAGCGCUGCCGGAGUGAGCUGAAGAAGCGCUCCAGCGACACGCUGCGGCUCCAGAAGAAGGCCCGCAAGGGCCAGACCGACGGCCUCCAGUCGCUGAUGGACUCGCACAUGCAGGACGUGACCCUGCGCCGGGCCGAGCUGGAGGAGGUGGAGAAGCGUUCGCUGCGAGCGGCCAUGGUGGAGGAGCGGCUGCGCUACUGCAGCUUCGUCCACAUGCUGCAGCCGGUGGUGCACGAGGAGUGUGAGGUGAUGUCCGAGCUGGGACAUCUGCAGGAGGCCAUGCAGUCCAUUGCUCUGGUCACCAAGGAGCCCAGUGUCCUGCCGCAGGCCUCCGAGGAGUUCAUCCACGAUGCCAAGGCCAGCAUCAAUCUCUAUCCGGAGUCGCCGGGCGGCGGAUCCGGCUCCCAGGGCGGCGGCUGCUCCAACUCUCUGGGAUCCAGGAAGAGCUCUGUCUGCUCCAUCAGCAGCAUGAACAGCAGCGGCUCCAGCAACUCUCCGGGCCAUCAUCACUAUCCGCGCUUCCUGUCGCAGUUUGUAACGCCCGCAAUUCGCUUGAAACCUGGUGAAUCCAGUGAUAGUGGCUUUUGCUCAUCGCCAGCUCUAACAACACAGGUCUCGAACGCAACGAACCAGACGGCAAAUGUGUCGACAUGGCCGCCACAUUCCCAGGACGUGGUGGACACCCUCCCGCCCACGGCCGACCGACCGCACACCAUUUCCACGGCAUACGAGAAGGGUCACCAGCGCCCGCCACUGACUGUCUACACGUUCCAGAACCCAGAGACCAUCCACGAGUCCGGGAGCGGCAACGGGAUCAACAAUGGGUCGGUGGCCCCAUCCAACGGACAGCCAUCGUCGGGCCAGACCACACCGGCCACCCAGAAGUCUCCGGCCGCAUCGCUCAGUCGUCCGCCUCUGCCAGUCAAGCCGGCCCAUGUGCGCUGCUCGUCGCUGGAGCGUCCGCUGUCGGCGCAGAGCAACCACCGUCAGGGCAGUGGAAGCGGCGGCCUGCUGCAGCGUCAGUGCCCCUCACCGAUACCGGCUCAUAUCACGAAAGAGCUGUCCGCAGCACAUCAUACACAGCAGCAGCUCCAGCAGCAGCAGAGUCCGCCCACAUACGUUAACAUGUCCGAACUGGCCAACAUGGCGGCCUUGAAGCUCACUAACCACCAGCAGCAACAGCAGCAGCAGAAGCCCACGCCACCGCCUCUGCAGCAGCAGAGCUCCAUUGAUUCGAUCUGCUCGCAGCAUUCCAACGACUCCUCGGGCUCCCAUCAGCUUCUACAGCAGCAGCAGCAAGCGCCUCACGCUGCCCAGCAUCAUGCCACACGCUCCCAUUCCAUAUCCUCGACGGCCUCGUCGCUGCACUCGCAUCCAUCGAUCGACUCGACGGUCGCUUGCGGCUCCGUCGCGGGCCAGCACACCCACAGCACCAGCACCAACACGAACACCACCUCGCCGUCCAGUGGCAGCUCCACGCCCCAGAACAAUUACUCGCCCCUGUUAACCAACUCACCCACGUCCACUGCCGCAGGUACGCCCAGUGGAAGCAGCAUCACCACGGGCACGGGUACCGGCGCCGGACUGGGAUUCGUCUACCAGGUCAGCUCGCCCACGCCGCCGACGAGCGAGGUGCAGGUGCAGGUGCUCAAGAUCACCGAGCAGGCGGGAUCGCAGCCGCCGGCCAGUGCCGAGGACACGGACGAAAGGUCGCGUGCCUCUGUCCUGCAGAAGGCCUCCAUGUUCGAGAAGCAGGCGGCAUCCGUGGCAGCAGCAACCGGUAGUGUGUCGCCUCCUGUUCCGGCCACGGGUCCAUCCCCUGCAGCGGCCGCCCCCAGUGUAGGGGGACCAAAGCGGUCCGAGGCCGAGCAGCAGGAAAUGGACAAAUCUUUCGAAGACUCAAUCAAAGCAUUAAAUAAUUUAAUUGGCGAACUAGACUCGUUUCAACGUGAGAUUGAUGAGGGCAAGGGCAGGCAGAACAGCAACAACAACCUGACAACGAGUAGCAGCAGCAGCGAGAACAACAACCUGCCCCCCGCCUGCAUCGGCAGCACCGCCAGCACCACCAGCACCACCAACAUCGAUUUGUGCGGCAUCAGCAACCAGACCAACUUCAGCGGCUGCGGCACGGACACGUCGGACACCACCUCCGAGGAGCUGGCCGGAGAGGAGGGUGGCCAACUGAUGGACCCCACGCUGGUGGAGGCCAGGCGGCGAGAACGAGAGCUUCUGGGCGCCAGCGAUUCGGAGCUGAGUCGCUGCUAUGUGAGCGAGACGAGUUUGCUGACCGGCGGCCUGACAGCGGGCGGCUACGAGAACCCCACGUUCGCCCACUUUGUGAGUGCGAACCGCGACGACCCCUACAACGGGGGGUCGGGCAGCGAGGGGCGCUCCCUAUAUGCGCCCGCCUCCGCCUCCGUGUCCGUGUCCGCAGACAGCAUCUCGUUGGCCGCCUCCGACAGCAUCUGCCUGUCGGGGCAGCCGCGGCACGCCUACGUGGACACCUGCAGCGACAGCGGCAGCGCCGUCGUGGUGAUCUACGACCACCAGAUCCCCAACACCCCGGACAUUGAAUUCGUCAAGCAGAACUCGGAGAUAGUCCUGCUGCGCACCAAGGACCCCCAGGUGCAGUCGCAGCUGCAGCUCCACGAGAUGCGCGAGCUGCUGCAGCUGCCCUCGAAUCUAGCCGGAUCCCCGGACUCGCCGGACUCGGGUAGUUGCAAGGCGCCCCCGCCGGCAACAGCAACUGUGGCGCCCGCCAAGCAGCGACUCUCCUCGUUUCGCGCCUCCAGCGAGCAGCAGCUGCAGCUGCUCGGACGCGGCAGCCCGCAAAGAGGUAAAGCAAACCACGUCGAGCAGCCGCCCCAGCAGCAGCAGCCGGCACAAGGGACAGUCAGUGAUAACGGUAGUCUCCCAGUAGACCCUCCUGUGAUGCGGCGACAGAUGCCCCCAAAGCCCACCAGCCUCUGCCUGAGCCUUUUCAAUGGUACAGGUACGGGUACGGGUUCGAAUCAGCCUCCCAGUGUGGCCGACAAGCCAUUGAUACCCCGAAAGUCAGACUUUAAGGCCGACUUAGAUGCCAAAAUACGCAGGCAGAAGCAGAAGGUUCAACAGCAAUUACAGCAGCAGCAACAGCAACAGCAGAAGCAGCAACAAACGCCACAGCAGCCACUGCAACAGCAGCAGCAGCAGCAACAACAACACUCACCACAGUCGCACCAAACCAGAAACUGUAAUGUCACUAAUGGCCCAGCAGCAGCCGUUGUUAUUGCAUCCGCAUCAGAUCCAAUCUUGAGCCCGCAUCCAUACCAAAACCAAAACCACAACCAUAGAAUGCCAAGCCAAAAUCAGACAACAGCAACAUCCAAUCAUAAGCAAUACCAGACGCCCCAAGCAGCUGCGACAGCAACAUCAAAAACAUCAGCAUCUCCUCCAUCUGCAAUAAAAGCAAACCCAGCAUUAUCAUCAUUGUCACCUCGCGGUGGUCUGCCACAGCCAUCAUCAUCGUCAUCAUUACCAUCAUCUGCAUCUGCAUCCACAAACUCCACAUCGACAAACGCUCUUGCUCCGCUGCCCGUUGCCACUGCCACUGCCACUGCCCCCUGCAGACCACCAGCAUCAGCGCCACCAGCCGCCCAUCCAUAUGUGUGCUCCUUGAAUGCCGCCAACCCCCAAGCUAACCAUCAAGCCAAUACGAAUACGAAUUCCACUGCCAAUGCCAAUGCCACGCCCAGGCCGGCCUCGUUGUCGGGAGGAGCAGGAGGAGGAUUAGUAGGAGCAGGUGGCUCAACGCGGAUCGCACGUCGUUCGUCCAUCAAUCAGGCCAAGCCACCGCCGCCAGUGCGACGCAGCUCCUCGGUGACACCCAGUCCCAAUGCUUCGGUGGGGCAAGUGACGCAUCUGCAGCUGCAACAUAACACGCCGCUAAGCAGCUCCAGCGAGCAUCUACCACCGCCGCCAGCCUUUAUGCUGGAGUCCAUGUCCAGCGCCCCUCCAGCGGGCAUGCCGAGCUCCGCUCUGAAGGUGUCGGAGACGGUGCGAGCCCUGGCAGCCAUGCGGCAUCAGCCGGCAUCGCCUGGUACGCUAAGACGUAUACAGCAGCAGCAGCAACACCAGCAACAACAACAGCAACAGCAAUAUCAACCCCCACUGCAGACGUUCCGCACCUCGUCACCGGCCGCAGGCGGAGGAGGCGGUGGGGGCAUCUAUGCCCAACCCAAGCUGGUCAACAGCAUGUCCAGCUUCCGCACCAGCAGCCCAAGUCCCAAUGGGCAUGGGCAUGGGCAUGCGCACCCACUGCCACCGACACAGCCCAAGGUGAAUCCGAAUCUAAUUGCACAGCUGAAUGCACGACUCAACAGCAAGCAGCAGCAGCAGCACCAUCAACAGCAUGCUUCCGAGGGCAUCUACGGCAACCAGCAGCAACCUGGAGGCGAGUCGAUCUACACGCGGAGCGGCCUGUCCAUGUCCCAGCCGCAACAGCAGCAACACUAUGACGCAGCUGCCCCAAUCCUUAGCAUGCGACAGGCUCAGCAGCAGCAGCAGCAGCAGUACCAACAUCUGCAGCAGCAGCAUUACACGUGCCCGCCUCCACUGGAGGAUCCGCCACCGCCACCCAUUUACAGUGCCGGAGCAUCGGCCACGAUGCCCAAGAAGAUGACACGCCCCCAUGCUGGCCAGAGUGCGGCCUCUCAGUUGAGUGCCUAUGCAGCAGAUUCGGCCACGGCUACGCUCCCAAAAAACAUGAUGCAGCAGCAGCAACGUUUACGGCAGCAGCAGCAUCAUCAGCAAUACCAACAGCCGGCAGGCAUGGGCAAUGGCAAUGGCCAUGUAAAUCAGCGUCCACAGUUGCGUCUUCCCCAGCAGCAGAUGCAGCAACAGCAGCAGCAGAAACUGAGAGCAGCUCAACAGCAACAUUUGGCGGAACAGCAGCAGCAACAGCAACAGCAGCGCCAGCCACCCAUACCGUCGCGGCACUCCAGUGUACAGCAAAAGAUAUUCGUGUCAACGAAUCCAUUCAUACAAACGACGGCCGGCAAGUUCCAUUCGCCCUCAGCCUCGCCCACUUGCGGCUCGCCCGUAACUGGAUCUGGGUCUGUAUCCUCGGCUAGUAUUUAUGCCACAACGGCGCGUGGCAAUCACCACCAUCAGCAGCAGCACCAGCAGCAAAUACAUCAUCCACAACAGCAGCAGCAUCAACAGCAACAGCAUUAUUAUCGCGAGGUUGCUGGGGGCAACAGCAAUGGCGGCGCUGCUUACUACAACCACAAUAAUGCCCAUGGCCAUGGCCACGCGAAUGCGAACGCCCAUGCCAAUGUCCAUGCCCACGCCCACAUGUCCCAUGCCCAGGCACAUCAUCCAAACUACGCCACAAGCACAAAUAUCGAAAAGACUGGCAGCAUUCGGGCCAAGACCAAGGCCGAGUUCCUCGAGAAUCUCAACGCGAAACUGGCCAAGCAGGGCAUGUCCGGCCGCGCAUUUGCCGUGCGAAAUCUCAUCAAUAGCAAGGCCCUGCCGGACCCUCGCAUCUGUCACGAGUCGCUGAUGGAUCAGAUAAAACGCGGAGCCCCGUUGAAACGUAACCAGAAGAUCAACGAUCGCAGCGCUCCUAAAAUACACUUAAUUAACGCAAAGACCUAAGCAAAAGAAUAUUAUUUAUUACUAUUAUUAACAUAUGAAAUAAUCAAGAGGCCCCGAGGCCUGCUCGAUUGCAGGCUAUUGCAGAGUUUGGUUUGAAACUGAAAACUCGUACAUACAACAUGCAACCUAAACAAACACAUAUGAUUACGGUACACUAUAUACAAUAUAUAAUGAUAUUUAACGAGCGUGUUAGGCCACACUUGCACUAAUCAACAAUUCACCCGAUUUCCCGUCUCCCAAAAAUCAUCCAAAAAGGAUUUAUUCUUUCGUUAAGUGAAUACGACAAAGAACAUGGAAGACAGUUGGUUAACCCAUUCGUGUUUAUUUAUAAUUCAAUCUCGAAUUUACCUUUAAAUAUUAUAUUAUGUUUAUGUAUUUAUCAUAAUUUCCAUUCUUUAUGUACAUACAUAUAUCUGAAUAUGAUUUGAAAAACCAAUUGAAA